AUGGCGGAAAGGACCUCCGUCUUGCAGCUGAUAGAGGAGAUGAAGAGAAGGUGGUGGUCCUUAUCCGACAUGGAGUGGAUGUCAACUGUGUCGGCGUGGCUGGAGCGCGAGUGGACAGUAGGAACAAGCUGGCAUACACGCCACUUCACCGUGCAGCUACAGGAGGACAUCUGGCAUACACGCCACUUCACCGUGCAGCUACAGGAGGACAUGUUGCUCCGCAGGACUCCUGAGGACAUAGCGGCAAGUAGUACAGACGUUCCAUCACAUGAUAAAGAUCGCAUCCUGGAGGGAAGGAAGAAGAUUCUCGAGCUCUUUGCAGCAGAAAAGUUGACCCGUCCUUUCACCAACAAGCUGAAAAUGGGCCCAGAAGGAGGAAACCUGAAAACCGCGCAUUGCACCGUCUCUUUACCUCCUGGAGCCGUUACCAUGGAAACAGAAAUCACCUGUCAGGUCAUCAGCCCCAAUGACGUCACUCUCCCCCUGAAGGACGGAGAGAUGUUAGUGAGUGACGUCAUAGAGCUGGGUCCGCACGGGACAACCUUCCGCAAACCUGUCACUGUGCAGAUGCAGUACAGCAGCAAGUCGUUAGAUGGCGCCAGGGAAGCUGCCGUGUGGGUCACUGAGGACAGGGCACAUUGGACGAAACUCAAAACCACUAAAGAAAGCAAAUACAAGCUUUCCGUAUCAGUGGAUCACUUCUCCAUCUUUGCCGUCAUCAGUCAACCCAAAGAGGACCAGUGUAUUGUGCCCAAAGCAGGGCGCAUUCUGACGUCAUCAACCCAGCCUGCGGUACAAAUCAGCUUCCCGGAACAGGCUGUGACUACAGAGACACCUGUUUCAAUUCAGGUGCAAGAGAUUCCAACAAGAGCAAUUGAGAACAUCAAGGCAAAGGACCAGUCUUUCAUCAACCUUGUUGGCACCAGCCCGAUAGUCAAUGUCGAGACUGUGUCGACCUCCGAAGUCCAGUUCCACAAACCGGUCACAGUGCGAGUCCCACAUCCUCAACACUACAUGGACAUCCAACAUGAGGGGCCCACCAAACUGAGGGUGAUGUCAUGUGAGGAGGGAACAGAAGACUGGAUUGAUGUGACAGACAACGUUACUAUCAGCCGGGUUACACAGGAGUUUGUGGAGUUUGAAGUUACUCAUUUCACCAGAUGGAUUGUAAUGAGUCUUGUGGACCGCUACGGUAAUGAAGAAGUGCUGGAACCCUUCCUCUCAAGUCUUUGCAAAUGGCUUCAACAAAGCCCAGUGCAGUUCUUGUUACUGCAGCAGGCGGACAACAUGAAACACGUCGUCAUAGAAUGCACACUUGCUGACGAUGCAGAAAAGAAAAGCGCAUCGCUCAUUCAAAAGGGUUACACAGGUCCUCUACCUUCUGAAUCCGUGGGGCUAUUUCAAGGACAAAAAGUGCUAGUGACCGUCCAGGGAAACGUAUCGGUCGCGCCCUUCAGUCCAGAGAGCGAUGAGACACAACACCUCACCUUUCACAGUCAGCGUAGAGUCAAUCGUCUUCAGAUGCAGGUCAUGGCUUUGGCGGACAAAGGGGGGCAAAGGGCUUUAGAUGGCGAAGGAUUUGUUGUGUUCCAUGCCUUACCACUCGUUGAAGUCCUUACAGAGGAAGAUAGAAACAUCAAGAGAAGGAUAACCUUCUUGCGCAAGGCACACGACAAAAAGGGGAAUCCACAAGCACCAGACGUUUUGGAGGCAAAGUUGCUGUGCCAGCUUCCAAUCCAUGUGCCGUAUCACACUCCAAAAGUGAGUACAGAGGGGGCGAUUUACGGCAGUACUUUGAAAGACAUUCGGAAGACAUUCUAUUUCAUCAAGGAAAACGUGAGCUCGGAUUGGCAAGAUUUGGCCUUCCAUCUUGGAUUUGAGAGGGCCGACAUCAACAACAUUGCCGGCAGAAACCGCGACGACAAGUCCCGCUGCAUGGACAUGCUGCAGGAAUGGAAGAAGGAGAAGGGAGACGCCGCUACCAUAGAGGUCCUGAUGGAGGCUCUGUCAGAGGCAGGGCUGCAGAGCGUCGUGGAUGAGUUGAAGAAAUAUCCACAACAAGUUGCAAACUAUGGGUACAGCCCGUGCAGCAACGGUGAGAGAAACAUUAGUGUAACACCUGACUCGACGAUCCUCGUCAGCGGUCCACUGAGGUAUCAACUGAAGUAA